AUGGCGGAUUUUACUACCUUUAUUGAGAAGCUCAAUAACAACAAUUAUGGGUCAUGGAGUACUCGUAUGAAGUUUUAUUUGCUCGGGCAAGAUUUAUGGGAUAUCGUGAACGGAGCUGAGACGACGCCACCAAGAGAAGCAAGAAGCACAGACACAACUUCUGACACCUCAACUUCAACACCGGUACGUCCAGACGUUGUACCGCAAAGACCAGUAMGUGAUUCUGACGCCUUAAAGAAGUGGAAUGUUAAAGCAGGUAAAGCCAUGUACGCUUUAACCAUAGCUGUAGAAGAAGACUUCUUACAACGGAUCAAAGAUGCCCGAACGCCAAAGGAAGCUUGGGACAUAUUGACYUCAAUUUUUGCAAAGAAGAAUGACGCAAAAUUACAAAGGCUUGAAAACGAGCUUUUGUCAAUCUCCCAGAAGAAUAUGUCCGUGAGUCAAUAUUUUUCAAAGGGACAUUAUGCAAGGAAUUGCUGGUCCAAGAAAAUUGAAGGAAAUGCUGCAACAUCUUCAAGGAAUGAAGGAAAUYGAGAAGAAGAUUGGGAAUUUGAAACUUCUUUUUCUAUGGAGGAAGUAAACAUUGAUGAUGGACGAAAGCAGUAUCCAKCAGAGYAAUUUGCACUUACCGCUUGGUUGAACAUGAGUUUUUGUACAAAUCUACAAAUUGUUCCGACUGACUUCAGCCUGGCAUCUCUUGAAGCGCUCCAUCUAACGGAUUGCCCAAAAUUGAGAACCAUUCCAUUUAUUUCCACCAACAUCACACAACUCACGAUCCCAGACACAAUGUUAGAAGAGCUGCCUAGGGUUUGGUCUCGCCUUGAGGAUCUCCUUAUAUUUGGCAAUCUCGAUAGAUUAUUUGAGAUUGAGAAACUUCCAGAUUGGAUCAAAGAUCUACAUGGGUUAAAAGAGCUUUAUAUACACAACUGUCGAAAACUUGCAUCACUGCCAGAGCUCCCUCGCUCGCUCAGAAAGCUACUAGUAGGCAAUUGUGAAUCAUUGGAGACACUAAUGCCUUUCCCUUUGGACUCUCAGUGUGAAGAACACUAUUUCCCCAAUUGCUUAAAAUUGAGCCGAGAAGCACGGAGCGUAAUUACCAGUGAAUCAUCUUUGGCAUGCUUACCCGGAAGCACAAUGCCUACAGAGUUUGAUCACAGAGCUAAAGGGAAUUUCUUGACCAUCCGCUCAGAUUCCAAAGUUUUUAGGAUUUGUGCCGUGGUUUCCCCUAAACCGCAGAUGAAACAGUGUAGUUUGUCUUAUCGCAUACACUUAAACGGUUGCCUCAUUGAGGAGUACAUAUAUUUUCAUGUCCACGUACUCCAAACAGAGCAUCUGUUUAUAGCUGACGCUUUUAUCUUUGAGGAAGAUGGAUGGCUUGAACAGGGCAACGAGAUAUCAUUCGAAUUCAGCGACGUUAUUGAAUGUGGUGUCCGGAUCAUGGCGUUCGAAACCGAUGCAUCUAGUUCAGAACAAGACGACGAUGGAAAUCUCUCUGAUGGAAGCGAUGCAUCUAGUUCAGAACAAGACGACGAUGAAAUUUCUCUCUGA